GACCGGGAUGCAAAGCCCCAAAAGUCGAUUUCUUGUGACCACCGUUAGGCAACUACCUUAUAUUCUCAGAUAUUAUGUAUAAAUAUUAUAAAUGUCUUGUCUCAAACUCGACAAGCGUAACGAUGGAACAUUUUUUAGUAAUUUGAAAAAAACCGAGAAAAAUAUUUUUUUUUUUAGCACGAUCGUAAACCAACCAGCUUGCGCGUUUCACCUGCUUAUGAAAGGAUGAAUCCUUUCUUGACCAAUCGCAUCCCUCGUUGCAAUUCACCUUCACUGUACAAGAUGGACGCGUACACGUCGUCAUCAAUGUCGUCGGAAGCUGAUGAUUCUGAGGGAAAAACGUCUUCUUACUGUUUCAUGCACGCAAUCGACACACAUGGAAGAGUUAUUCCCUUUUCAGAGAAAAGCUUCAACAAGUUUUUAGAGUGUUCCACCCUAUGGAAAGAGUUAGAAAAUCGUCCGGAAAGUGUCAUCGCAUCCAAAGCAGACGGUCUUCAAUUUGACGAUGUAUGCACAACAACAAGAAAACGACAAGGGAGGGCAGGAUACCACGUAGAGUGCUACCGGCACUUCUGUAAUCUCACUUCCAUCAGGCGAGCCAAGGAUAAGUCGAGGAAAGCACAGAUAUCAACAGAAGUUGAUGGAGUUUUGGCAGCAAGGAACCUUCAGGAGACGUCAGAUGCGUGGGUUGAGCCAGAGCCAAAGCGUCUGUUACGGUCAGAUGCCACCAGCAGCCCCUGUCCAGGCAGACCUCAUGUCCUACCCAUUGAGUGUGUAAUAUGUAAGAGUACCAAGUAUGUUAAAGAAAGUUUUUCUCAGAAAAGGAAAGUAGAGAGGCUUAUAAGAUGUGAAACACUUUCAGGGGGGCAACUUGUUAAAGCUGCUGAAAUCCGCAACGAUGAGAAAUUGCUCCUUAAAAUCAGGGGAAAAGAUCUUGUAGCACUCGAAGUUCGUUAUCACCGGUCUUGUUACCUAUGUUAUUGUAGAGUAGUGAAACCUAAAGUAGAAAGUGAUGUCCAUUUGAAGCAGAGCUAUGUGGUCUCGUAUGUUAAGUUCUGCCAAAAUGUAAUAGAAAGGAGGAUAAUACGUGGGCAGGAAAUUCUUCGUCUGACCAAGCUCUUGAAGCUUUUUGUUAAGACAGUAAAAGAGGUAGAAGGUUUGGAAGCAGCAAACUACAAAAGUGCGAACCUGAAACGAAGAUUGAAAGAGUCCUACCCUGUCCUGUGUUUCAGCAGACCAUCACGACAGUACGAAAGCGAAAUAGUAUUCGUAGAGAGCCUUGGUGUGGAGGAUGUCAUAGAGUCAGCUGUAGUUGAUGUUUCCAGUGAGGAAAGUCAGAGUGAGAGUGACGGUAGUAUGUAUACUACAAAGCAAGUACGUACAGAUGAGCGCAGUCUGAGAACUUUAUAUGCUGCUGCACAAAUCAUCAAGACUUCGCUAGAUGACAUGGACAUGAAGACAACCUGGCCUCCAACAUCUGAUGACCUUAACAUCACGCAAAGUAAGAAGCUCAUCCCUUGGCAACUUUUCAAUUUUCUUGGAUGGAUGUCAGGAGUCAGUCACGAGCCAAGAGAAGAGAAAGUAACAGUUUCUACAGAUGAUGAAAGAAAGGUUCUCUCCAUAGCACAGGACAUUGUAUAUCUGAAAACUAAAGGGAGAUGUGUUUUACCAAAACACCAUGCACUAGGGAUGUCAGUAAGGCACCUAACAGGGUCAGCUAAACUCAUUAGCAUCUUGAAUGGGCUCGGCCACAGUGUGUCAAGGUCCGUAGUACUUGCACAUGAUACUGCCCUUGCCAAACGACAACUUGCCUUGGGUGAUCAAAUACUUCCGGAUGGUGUUCAGCCUAUCUUCACCACUCUUGUUUAUGAUAACAAUGAUUUUGGAGAGGAAACUGUAAGUGGCAAAGGUACUACUCACAAUACCAAUGGAAUCAUUGUCCAGCAUCCCAUUACCCAACCAGAGCGAGAACCUUCAAAGAUUGCGAUACCAAAGUCCAGGAAGAUAGCAUUCGAAGUCCCUCCAGUGGAGCUCGUGACUUACUUUGGACGUAGGACCUCAACCAUUUGA